ACUCGAUCAGAUUUCAGACAAUGGUCUAAAUGGGCAGGUAUCAGCAGGACACAGCAGCUUAGUUUGUAUGCUAAUGAUGUUGACUGUCCCACGGUAAAUCACGAGUUGUCAGACGGUGUGAGUGACGUAACGCCUGUGACGUUUCUGUGGUAUCCCAGUCGUUUAGCACAGGCACCGAGAGCAGAAGACAUCACCCGAACAUGGCUUUGAAUCGGAAUCAUUCGCAAAACGGCGGCCUUUUGAUAAACAACGGGGAAAGUAUUGUUAAGGAAUGUAAGAAUGUGGAGCUGUCAUUCAGCGAUGUCGCCUGCAAGACAGACCUGCUGAGGGGAACCAAGAAGGGCACCGUUUACCUCACACCAUACAGGUUGGUGUUUGUGUCCAGUAAUACCAAGGAUUGCCUGGGUUCAGCCAUGUUCCCCUAUUAUCUAAUGAAGGGUUGCAGCAUUGAGCAACCAGUCUUUGGAGCCAACUACAUCAAAGGGACAGUGUCAGCUGAGGCUGGUGGUGGCUGGGAGGGCCCGGCCCAUUUCAAGAUGUCAUUCCCCAGUGGAGGAGCCAUAGAGCUGGGACAGGAUCUCUUCAAACUGGCCACAAAUGCUUCUCGUGCUGCUCCUGCACAAAACGGUGCUGCCUCUUAUGGCUAUCCUUCACCUGGAAUGAUGAAUGGCUAUGGCCCACCUCCACAUGCUCCUCCCGCCUAUCCUUACCCAUCCCCUCCUCAGCAGAAUGGAUUCUACCAGGGCCCUCCCCCUGCUGCUGGCAACAUGGGCUACCCCUGUCCAACAGCCACUGCAGGAAUGUACCCAUCUGGUUUUGACUACAUGGCCCCACCUCCUCCCUACCCUGGGCCACCCCAAAAUUGGGCUGCACCCCCCCAGAACUGGACAGCAACACCACCACCACCUCCAGGUAACUCCAAGGCGGCUGAAGCAGCAGGCAAUGCGUAUUACAAUCCCAGCAAUCCACACAAUGUCUACAUGCCUAAUGAGCGACCUCCACCAUAUGCACCUUAUCCAAAUUCUCCUGACAAGAAAAGCAACUGAAGCUCACGCACCGUCACUUCAAUUACACUCCUCUCUCUUCCUCUGUAUCUUAAAUAUAUUCUAAAGCCAGGAGCAGCGUUGAUGGAUACCUACUCAAUUGUAGAAUACAGCAAAGAAAAUGCAAGUAAUAGAGGGCUCAAAGAUGUCAGUGAUAAUUCACCAAUGAAUUAAUAACAUUUUGGAUACUGGAAUAGCUUAUAAAGCAGUCACAUCUGUUAAAUACUGUUUUUCCCUUACAUAAGUUCAUUUAAAAUGAUUGACAACUUGUAACUUUAGCUUUUCUGAGACUCAUCAUUAUUAACAUUGAGUGAUGGGAUUUAUUUUACUCUGAUUCUCUAACACGUCGGUAGGGAUGCCUAAACUAUCAUUGUUAAGAGCUGAAAGGAGGAGGCAGUAAUGGGGAAUGUAUUUUUUAAGACAGAUUUAUUACCAAAUCAUUUUGUAGCAAUUUCUUGAUUGCAGUUCCUAUAGUUAUAAACAAUAGCAACUCCUAUUAUAAAAGGUAAAGUAUUUUUGCAGUAUCACUAAAGGUACCAUGUGUUUCCUAUACAGUUUUGCGUUGAGUAGUUGUUGUCCAUAUACAAAACCAGAACUGGGUUGAAUAGUGUUCAGUAAUAUAAUAUCUGACUGAUUCUCACAAUAUGAAUAGUAAUACAGCAAAUUAAAGUUUCCUUCAUAUAUGACCAAUGUGAUCCUGCACUACAUCAGUUACGUUAUAUUAAAAUCUAAGUAAUUCUGCUCAUUGUAUGACCCAAAACUCAUCAUAAUUUAAUAUAUGUAAUGGAGGUUUUUCUUAUCAAAAGGAGCAGUGCAUUGUUUGAAAAAGGGGAUCCAAUAGAUUUCUCACAUAACAAGUGUGUAUGUGCAAUAUUUCAACCUCACAUUUACAAGGUUAUAGUUGACAGGCUGGGGUUACCUGGAUGACCCUUUGCGCUACUCCUAGCUUCUUAUUGUAUUCAUGUAUGUAGAGCCAAGCUGAAACCACAACUCUACUCUUUGUGUAAUUACACUAGUGUGGGGUUACAGGGCCACAGUGUUACAUUAAGGGCCCAUCAGUGUUUUGCCUGCUGUUGAAACUUCUGAAUGAAAACCAUUUAUUCCUGAUUAAAGUGAGGUGAGGUGUCAACAGGCUGUGUAAUUGCAUCCCCCUCAUUGUGCAUCAGUUAACACCUGUUGAAGGACUAUUUGCACACAGUUAGAAGAUAGUAGAGGAUAGAGGAUUUUUUGGGGUUUGGGUUAGUUUGCUUGAAUUAAUCAAAUGUCUGUAUAUUAAUAUCUCUUUUGCAGUUCUUAUUCCUCUUGCUGAAUUUUGUCUGUCAAUUAAAAUCUAAUAAAUGAGUCAUUUGUUGAA